UAAGGGAUAAGUGCAUGCCUUAUCGAUAAGGCAGACUCCACUCCCCCGCUCUUAGUGUCCCCCUGUCCAUCCCCAAUGAGGUCUAGGCCAUCGGCAUCCCCAUCUCACGUGAUCUCAAAUUUUAGUCCCCCUCAUCACGAACGCGACAACUUUGCAUGUAUCCAGCGAUUCUAGCCACCCACUAGCAGACUACUUGCGGAGUCCACGAACACCCAACACAUCAACAAAAAUGCCACGAAUACCCCUCGCCCCACUUGCCUCCCUCACCCAAACCCGCUAUGUCAUCCACCUAACGACCGGUAAACGCCUCGUCCUCUUCCGUCUCCCCACCAUCGAGCCAUCCACCACCUCCCCGCCGCAGAAGAACGAAGCAAACGGAUGGUCCUACUACGCCAUGGAGGCGGAGUGUCCGCACGCCGGCGGGCCAAUGCAGGACUCGUCCAUCGACAUUGAGGAUUCCGCCUACGUGGUCUCCUGCCCGUGGCAUGCGUACGACUUCAACGUGGAAACGGGGGAGUCGAGCGUCGGGAUCAAGGCGUGCACGUUUGCCGUGGACGUGCGGGGCGCGGUGGAAUUUGGGGACCAGGUGAUGCUGGAGUACCCUGAGGACGGGGUGGGGCUGGUCAGGCUGGAGCCCGUCAGCGAGAAGAUGAAGCUGAAGAGGGAGCCGGGCAAGAGUGACGACGCAAUCCAACAGGGGGGCGAAGAGAUCGGGACCACAGCCGCCACUGAAACGGUCACGGACGACAACACCGCAACCGCCCCCGUUGGGCCCGCGAAGUAUCUCGACGAUAAGGCGACGGUCUGCGACUGGUGCGCGCAUAUCCUCAACACGUCGAACCCCGAGCACAAGAUCGAGCUGACAGCGCACCUGUUCGCGAUCUUCACGGAGCGCGAAGGUACGAGUACGCAGAUGGAGAUUGGUGACGGCAGCGGCGUGAACUUGCCGGCUAUCCCGCCUCGGGAUGGAUUGGUCGACAUCAAGCCCGGCCAGAUGCCCCGCGCCGGACGCGGAGGCACGCAGAAGAGCCGGAUCAUGAUGCUGCACGCGCUGGCGAAUAUCGAGCAGUGGGCCAUCGACCUGGCGGUGGAUAUCUGCGUGCGGUUUGCGGCCUUUCGGACCAAUGCGAACGAAUCGCGGGGCCUGCCGCGGGCGUUCUUCCAUGACUGGUUGAAGGUCGCAAACGAUGAGGCGAAGCAUUUCUCGCUGUUGCGGACGCGGCUCGAGGAGAUGGGCUCGUAUUUUGGGGCGAUCCCCGUACAUCAUGGGCUGUGGGAGUCCGCUACGGCAACGGCGCAUGAUCUCCGCGCGCGCAUCAGUAUCAUUGCUUUGGUGCAUGAAGCGCGUGGAUUGGAUGUGAAUCCGAUGACUAUUGAUAAGUUCCGCAAGGCUGGAGACGCGGAGAGCGUGCAGUCGCUAGAGAUUAUUCACAACGAUGAGAUUACGCAUGUGACGACGGGCCAUCGGUGGUUGACGUGGAUUUGCGGGCAGGAGCAGACGGACCCGGUACAGGUCUUCCGGGCCAAUGUGCAGCAGUAUUGGGUCGGGGCGUUGCGCGAGCCGUUCAAUACCGAGGCGCGCAUGCAGGCAGGCUUGGAUGAGCGGUACUACGGCAACUUAGUUGGAUAUGGCAGAGCUUAGGUGGUCUGUAUAGCACGAGGCUGACAGUUUUGUCCCUCAAUCUCCUUCUUACCACACGCACAGAUGGCUCGACGCCCAUGAUGGCAUAAAUCAAUCUGUCCAUACCAGAUAAAACUCCAGCAAACACGCACGCGACCGUCAACAUUGCUUGACCACGCCAGCAGGAAGAGUCCUCCGACUCACGCUGCAAGGGUCUACCAAAGCAGGAAGCGCAAUCGCGUCAGAUGUGCUCAUCCGCGCCACCAACUGCCUGCAAAGCGAAGCAACGCAGCUCAAUUAGCAUAAACCGUGUACAUACAUAGCA